UAUAAUAUUUAGGCGCUCGCAGACUGGUCGCAUGUCGACAAAGAGAUCCAAGUCAAAGGUCAAGUUACCUGUUAACACCAACCAGUUCACAUUCAUGCGGCAAAUCGACAACAGCCAACAGGAACGCAGCGCGACGCGCGAGGAGCGCGAACGAGUUGCCAACAAUUUUCGCAGGUUGGGCAACUUCGCCUAUCGCAAAGGACAGUUUAACAAUGCCAUUGAUCUGUACAAUCAUGGAUUGGAGUACAUAACUGAUACGCCAGUUCUAUACCUGAAUCGCGCCUGUUGCUAUAUUAGGCUGCGCAGCUUUCAGCGCGCCAUCAUGGACUGUGAUUACAUAUUGAAUAAAUUGAAUCCGAAGCAUGUGCGCGCUUGGCUCUAUCGAGCUCUUGCCUUCAAGCGCCUUCACGAGGAGAACAAGUUCAACGACUGCAUACGCCAGGUGAGGCGAGUGAAUAGCAAGGAAAAGGCGUUUAUUGAUGGAUUUCUAGAAAGAAUGCAGUCAGCAUACUAAACUGCGCUUUGCAAAUUCUAUGUGUGUAAAUUCCAGAACAGAAGUGAACUUUUGGCAUGAAUUCAGUAUAAGCAAAUAAACCAGAACUACAG